AUGAUGGCGGCGCCGCCUGCUCCUCUCAUCAAUUUCCCAAAAGACCACCGUUACUGGGCGACUCACCCCACCAUUACCCUCAUCGAUCAAUGCUCAAAUGUGCAGCAGCUGAAGCAAAUCCACGCACGGAUGCUUCGUCUCGGCCUUUUCUUCGACCCCUUCUCCGCCAGCAAGCUCCUUCAUUCCGCUGCUCUGUCUCACUCCCCCAGCCUUCACUACGCCCGCGACCUGUUCGACCAAAUUCCCCACCCGAAUCUCUAUUCUUGGAAUACCCUUAUUCGCGCAUACGCCGCCUCCCCCUACGUCACUCGCAGCAUCUCCAUGUUCGUUCGUUUGCUCCAUGAGAGCGUCGAGAGGCCCAGCAAGUUCACCUACCCUUUCGUGAUCAAAGCCUCCGCCAAGCUUUCUGAUCUGCGGCUUGGGAAGGCAGUUCAAGGGAUGGUGAUAAAGGAGGGUUUAAGCUCCGAUUUGUUCGUGAACAACUGCCUGAUUCACUUCUACAUGGAAUGCGGAUGCUUGGACAUGGCGCUUCAGGUUUUCUGGAGCAUGCCUAAAAGGGAUGUUGUUUCUUGGAACUCCAUGAUCAAUGGCCUUGCCCAGAACGAAUACCCUGAUGAAGCAGUGAACUUUUUCCGCAGAAUGGAGGAGGCAGGUGUCAUACCAAACGAUGUCACCAUGGUGGGUGUUUUAUCUGCCUGCGGGAAGACAGGAGAUGCAGAGCUUGGCAGGUGGUUGCAUUCUUACAUAGAGAACAAUGGCAUCGGCAUGGGCCUCAUUCUGGGGAAUGCAGUUCUUGAUAUGUACACCAAGUGCUCCAGCAUGGAGCAAGCGAGGCUAUUUUUCGACAAUAUGGUGGACAAGGAUAUCAUUUCAUGGACAACGAUGAUAGCCGGUUAUGCGAGGAUAGGGGACUUCAGCGCAGCUAGACAGCUCUUUGAUUCGCUGCCUCGCAAGGACAUUGCAGCGUGGAAUGCUCUGAUCUCAGGCUAUGAACAGAAUGGUAGACCGAAGGAAGCCAUAGCAGUUUUCCACGAGUUGCAGCUUAGCAAGGCUGCGAAACCUGAUGAAGUAACAUUAGUUAGUGCUUUAUCAGCAUGUUCGCGGCUAGGGGCAAUGGAGUUGGGAGGGUGGAUCCAUGUAUAUACAAGGAAGGAAGUUGUGAGGUUGAAUUGUUACCUUGUUACAGCACUGAUUGAUAUGUACUCCAAGUGUGGCGAUCUGCAGAAGGCCCGCGAAGUGUUCCAAUCAGCUGAGAAGAGGGAUGUAUUCGUGUGGAGCUCGAUGAUUGCCGGGCUGGGCAUGCACGGGCGAGGCAGGGAUGCAGUAGAGAUGUUCCAGCGAAUGCAGGAAGCGAAUGUGAGGCCCAACUCCGUUACUUUUACCAAUUUGUUAUCUGCCUGCAGCCAUUCGGGGCUAGUUGAGGAAGGCCGGGAGUUCUUCCAUCAAAUGGAGAGUGUGUACAAGAUUCCGCCUGGUAUGGAGCACUAUGCCGCCAUGGUUGAUAUUCUUGGCCGGGCAGGUCAGCUGGACGAUGCCACAGAGUUUAUCCAGAAGAUGCCGAUGAGCCCGGGUGCAUCUGUUUGGGGGGCUCUGCUCGGGGCGUGCAGACUUUACAAGAACGUUGAUCUAGCCGAACAUGCCGGCAGCCAUUUACUCAACAUCGAGCCUGAUAAUCAUGGAGCAUAUGUGCUCCUGUCCAACAUCUAUGCUGAGUCGGGGAAGUGGGAUAAAGUUUCUGAUCUGAGGAAGCGCAUGAGAGAUGCCGGUCUGAAGAAAGAAGCCGGCUGCAGUUCAAUUGAGGUGGAGGGCACCGUGCACGAGUUUCUAGUAGGAGACAACACCCAUCCAAUGUCGAAGAAGAUAUACCUAAAGUUGGAGGAGAUGACUUCGAGACUGAAGUCUGCGGGCUAUGUGCCGAACAAGUCAGAAGUGCUGCAACUGGUGGAAGAAGAAAAUAUGCAGGAAAUAGCUUUGCAUCUCCAUAGUGAAAGAUUGGCACUUGCUUUCGGACUUCUCACCCUUCCCCCAUCUCAACCAAUUCGGAUUGUGAAGAAUCUUCGGGUUUGCCAAGACUGUCAUUCCGUUGUUAAGCUGGUGUCGAAGCUCUAUGAUAGGGAAAUAGUGUUGAGAGACCGGUAUCGAUUUCACCAUUUUAUAGGGGGAGAAUGCUCUUGUAUGGAUUUCUGGUGA